AUGAAACAGACAUUAUUGCUAACACUCUCUUUUAUUGGAUUUGUAGUUUGCAAGGAAUAAGCUUAUGCUACUCAUUUUGAUGAUAUGGACUCACCUUACGGAGGCUGCGGAUUGCCAUCUUCAUUAGUCACAUUUCCACACUAUCUCGCUCUUAAUGUUCAAAAUACACCUGGGGAUUAUGAAAACUACCUACACAGACCUAUAUAUGAAGAAGGCAAAGUUGGAGCCUUUAACAAUGGUCAUAACUGUGGAAGAUUUAUCACUGUAACUUUAGGCAAGAAAUGCAAGAUUCAAAGAACAACUACCCCUGAAUCUCUUUUCUGCGAUGAAGAGGACCUAGAAGAUGAUGAGUAUACUGGAGCUCACUAGAUGUACUAAGUAGCGGAUGCUUGCCAAGAUGGGCAUAAAUGGUGUAGGGAUGAUAAGAAUCAUGUUGAUCUACAGUUCAACUCUCUAAAAAACUUCUACAAAUUCCCAAGAAAGAUCGAUGUGACUAAGAAAUGGGGCACUGAAAACAGACAAGUAACAUGGGAAUACACGUAAGGGCCUCUCACAUUAAUGGAAAUCUAUUUUGCUCAGAAUGCAAACCCACUUUUACCAUUAAUCAUUAUCAGCUAGAUAAGCAAUGGAAUUGAUAGAGUUCAGCAAAGAAUAAAUGGCUAGUGGGUAGAUGCCACAAUGAAUGGAGAUAUGGGUCAAUAAUGGAUACUCCACACUACCAAAGAUAAUACUUAUCAAAUUAAAGUUAUUGACGUUAAUGGAAAAGCUUAUCAUGAAAAGGCAUAUACAUUUACUUUCAAUAGAUCAAUUUGCAAGAACCUCUAAUGUGGAAUAGAUCAUGUUGCUUUCAAAGUCAAUAUGAUAAGAAGUGAUAUCCUAUACUUUAUUGACAAGCCAAAGGUUUUGUAAAGUGAAUAGUUAUUCCUAGCAUAAUGA